AUGACAUCACAUCAAGACCUAGAUAACUGGUCCAAAAAAGACUCUAUUCAGCUAUUGGAACGCAUGGAAGUUAACCUAUGUGAUGAAAGUAACUCAUUCAAAACCACCCAGUCAAAAUUAGACUGGACAAAAAUUGCUUUUAAAAAUUUUUCUGGAGAAACAUGCAAACUGAAGUGGUUCCAGAUUUCUAACCGAUUGAGAAAAUUUCGUACACUGAAAGAAUUAGUCUUGGAGGCCAAAGAAUCUAUUGGAAAACCCUACGAAAGGAAAAGUUGCAAAAGACAUCCUGACUUACCUAAGAAGCCCUUAACUGCUUACUUCAGAUUCUUUAAGGAGCAGAGACUCCAGUAUUCCCAAAAGCAUCCUAAACUGAACAAUAAGGAGCUGACCAAGAUCCUGUCUAAGAAAUACAGGAAACUCCCAGAACAUCUGAAGCAGAAAUACAUUCAAGAUUUCCAAAGGGAGAAACAGGAGUUUGAGCUGAAAAUGACUCAGUUUAGAGGAGAACACCCUGAUCAAAAUACCAAAAAGAGACCAGUCAAAGCAAAAAAGGUUCAAAGAAAUGUACAAGAUGAGAAUUCUUUGCCUAACAAUGAUUUUCCCUAUAAGCUAUUUCAUGGUCAACCCCAAAAGCCACCUAUGCAUGGAUAUUAUAAAUUUCAUGAAGAUAUGUGGUCAAGUCAGGAGCUACAAAAUGUACCUCAGAAGGAGCGCAUGGUAGAGAUCUGCAGACUCUGGCAAAGAGUCCCCCAGAGCCAGAAGGAGCUUUAUAAUCAGGAGGCUAAAAAACUUCAGGAACAGUACAAGAUAGAUCUGGAUUGCUGGCUCAAGACACUCUCUCCCAAGGAUUAUGCCACAUACAAAAAAAUAUCCUAUGUUAAAUAUAUACCCACGAACAUGGAAGACAACCCAAGCAACAAGAAUAGUCUUCAGUUCCCAUUUGUAAGAAGCUUUCAGAACACACCGGGAGAAGAGGGGAGGCUGCAUGCUCCAGAGAUAGAAGAAUCUUCAGGAAAUGAAGAAAAUUCUUACGUCUGUGUGGAUUAG